AUGCCGCCGCCACCAAACCUCCCAACACUACCACCACCGCCACCGUUCUUUUGGGGCAAAACCCCGGAAGACGAAUACUACAAAUCACAAGGUGUACGUAACUCGAAAUCCUACUUCCAAACUCCUUAUGCCAAAAUCUUCACUCAAUCAUGGCAUCCUUUAGACGAAACCCAACCCCUUAAAGCCGUGGUCUUCAUGACCCACGGAUACGCUUCUGACUCUAGCUGGUGUUUCCAAAAUAUAUGUAUUGCUUAUGCCAAAUGGGGAUAUGCCGUCUAUGCGGCUGACCUUAUUGGUCAUGGCCGCACAGACGGACUCCAUGGAUAUAUAGGUGACAUGGACAAAGCCGCUGCCACAUCAUUAUCCUUUUUUAUUAAGGUUCGCGAGAGCGAACAAUAUCGUGAUCUCCCGGCAUUCCUUUUAGGGGAAUCUAUGGGGGCACUAAUUACUAUGCUCAUGUUCUUCCAAUCUUAUGUUGACACAUGGACUGGGUUGAUCUUUUUGUCCCCACUGUUUGUCACACCUCCAGACAUGACUCCUUCUAAGCUACAUUUGAUAAUAUACGGGUUAUUGUACGGACUGGCGGACACGUGGGCUGUAAUGCCAAAUCCUCCAAUGGUGACCAAGGCAGUAAGGGAUAUGGAGAAGUUAAAGAUACUAGCAGUGAACCCAAAACUAUACACGGGAAAGCCGAGGGUAGGGACAAUGAGAGAGGUGGUAAGAGUGACAGCUUACGUGAGGAAAAACUUUGAUAAGGUCAGGGUGCCGUUUUUUACAGCACACGGGCUAGCAGAUGGGCUGGCAUCUCACACAGGGUCUGAGAUGUUGUAUGACAAAGCCGGUACUCCAGAGGAGGACAAAGCGUUGAAGUUAUAUGAAGGAAUGUAUCACUCAUUAAUCAAUGGGGAACCUGAUGAAUGUGUUGAUCUGGUGCUUGCAGAUAUGAAAGCUUGGAUAGACGAGAUGGCUCAAAAGUAUGGUCCUAUAGUAUUCGCAAAAAAUCACCUGAAUCUUGAUCAAAUUUUCAAUACUCCGAAUUAAAGUUACAGUGUAAAUGUAGGUAUCAUUGAUUGCAUCGUGAUUGGGAAGACAUUUGAUCAAAGUGUUUCCCAAGUUCUUGUAAUAAACCUUUGGGGAAAAUGAAAUGGGUUGUUUAAUCAAUCAAUGUUCCUGAAGAUAUUAUUCCAUGAACAUUUCUUGAUCCCGUGUGGUUUCCAUGACCCACGGAUACACACAAAUUAACGAGACCACCUGGUUUUCACGAA